UAAAGCCUAUGUAAAUUAAGCCUUGCUUGGCACCAUCAGGCAUCUCAAUAAAUUCCCCGAAGCAGACACAGAAAAGAACAAACCAAAUUUCUGUAAAUACACAGCAAGACUUAGCUGGGUUGCUACAGAAAAAUGGCAGGUGGAGGAGUUGCUGCUGAUUCUGGUGGAAAACGUUAUGAAUCCCAUGUCAAUGGCUUUGUGAUCAUGACAUGCAUUGUUGCAGCCACCGGUGGUCUUAUGUUCGGUUAUGAUAUUGGCAUUUCAGGAGGAGUCACAUCUAUGGAUGAAUUUCUGUUGAAGUUUUUUCCAACAGUGUACAAAAAGUCCAAAGAUGAAUCCGGGGAUACUAAUCAGUACUGCAAAUUUGAUAGCCAGCUGCUCACAUUGUUCACGUCUUCGCUCUACCUAGCAGCACUUGUAGCUUCCUUCAUAGCCUCAAUAGUUAACAGAAAUUAUGGUCGAAAAAUAACCAUGUUUGUGGGAGGGAUUUUGUUCCUUGCUGGUUCUUUCAUUAAUGGAUUUGCCCAGGAUGUUCCCAUGCUUAUAAUUGGCCGCCUAUUGCUUGGCGCUGGUGUUGGAUUUGCUAACCAGUCUAUUCCGCUAUAUCUUUCUGAAAUGGCACCACCACAAAUAAGGGGAGCCCUCAAUAUUGCUUUCCAACUGGCCAUCACAGCAGGAAUAUUGAUAGCAAACUUAUUGAACUACGGAUUUGCAAAGAUGGAACACAAUGGUUGGAGAUGGUCCUUGGGCUUAGCAGCCGUGCCUGCACUUAUUAUGACCAUGGGAGCCAUCUUUCUUCCAGACACUCCCAAUUCCUUUAUUCAGAGAGGCCACAAUGACAAGGCAAGGCAGGUUCUGCAGAAAAUCCGAGGCACUAAGAAUGUCAAUGAGGAGUUUGAAGAUCUUUUGGAAGCCAACGAAGUUGCAAAACUAGUAACUCAUCCAUGGAGGAACAUUCUUCGAAUGCAAUACAGGCCUCAGCUAGUCAUCACGCUCUUAAUUGCAUUUUUCCAGCAGCUUACUGGCAUUAAUGUGAUCAUGUUCUACGCCCCGGUUCUGUUCAAGACAUUAGGCUUUGGUGAUGAUGCCUCCCUCAUGGCGGCUGUAAUCACUGGCCUUGUCAAUGUCUUUAGUACAUUGGUGUCACUCUUCACAGUCGACAGGAUUGGCAGAAGGAUAUUGUUUCUUCAAGGCGGAGUCCAAAUGAUUAUUUGCCAGAUAGUCGUUGGUAGCAUGAUAGGCGCAGAAUUUGGAACGUCAGGGCAAGGCAAUUUCAGCACUUCUGCAGGCAAUGUGACUGUCCUAUUCAUAUGCUUAUACGUGGCUGGAUUCGCCUGGUCUUGGGGUCCAUUGGCCUGGCUAGUCCCUAGUGAAAUCUUCCCACUCGAAAUCCGAUCAGCUGGUCAAUCCAUCAAUGUAUCAGUAAACAUGCUGUUCACCUUCAUCAUUGGCCAGGUCUUCCUCACCUUGCUCUGCCACAUGAAGUUCACCUUGUUCUACUUCUUCGGAGGAUGUGUCAUCAUAAUGACCAUCUUCGUCUACUUCUUUGUGCCCGAAACCAAGAACAUCCCAAUUGAGGAGAUGAACAAAGUGUGGAAGACACAUUGGUUCUGGUCCAAGUUCAUUCCUGAUAAUGCUGCUUCCCAUGGCCACCGCAAGGGCAAGACAUACACUCCUUUAGUUUAAGGAUAUGUGUAAACAAAAUGUAUAGGCUCAGGAUGGUGAAGUGCACAGUGCACACUCUGUAAAUUUACCUCCAGAAAUCUGACCAUCUCAGUUCAGCUCUCUACCAGCUUGUUGAUUUGCCAAAAAUAAUACAAAUUACAAGUUUAACAG